AUGCGCGAAGAGAAUACUCCUAAAGAAGGAGAGGAAACCCUCCACUUCUCCUCUCUCGCGCACCGAAAAGUAUUCGCACACAUUCGUAAGCACCCGAAUUCGGACGUUUCCGGAGCUUUACUCGUUCGCGAGGACGACAAAGACAACGCGUUUAUUGAAGAUGCAAUCCCGCUGUUCCACUCCGAGUCGGGAAACGUUUCCGUCUUGAAUGAAAUCGCGCUGACGCAUAUCCAGAAGUACGCGAAUACGAGUCACCCAAUUGGUACAAUGCGCGUGGGAGGGCUAUAUUUCGCGAACGGGAAUUUAUACGCGGGGGUGUUGCCAGAUCGCGCGCAAGGAUUGGCCGAAGCGGUUGGGGAUGGUGCAAGAAACGGAAUUCGAUGUGUCCUCCUCGAACCGACCGCGUUUGACGCGGAGACGAAGAACGUUUCCACGAGCAAGAGUAGUAGCCCGUUCAGGGUCUUCAAGUCGAACAACAACAACGCGAACAACGUGAACUUUGAAUUGAAAGAGCAAGACAAAGGGACUGUCAAAGUCGUUCUCGCGCCGCCGCUCGACGACCUCGACGCCGCUUCGACGAAUACGAAUACGAAGGACGUCUGUGACUUUGACGACCAUUUCGACGACGUCGGUAAAGACUGGAGGAACGCAUCCUUUUCGUAG